AUGUCUUCACCCACAGUAAAUUCUCCAAUUGGAGAAUUUAACUUCGCAGCUAAUUCGAGUCCUGAUGUAAUAGGAGAACGUUGUAACGUUAUAGAGCGUCGAGCAAAAGCAUAUUUUACUAAAGCUGAAGUAACCCGUUGUGCAGAAAAACAGGGCUCUGGUGAUUCUAAGGAUAACAUGUCAAGAGCGCAAUGGUGCACUUUUAUAGACGCUGUAGGAAGUAAUCUUGGGUUACCACAGAAUACGAUAAGCACAGCACAAUUACUUUAUAAUAGAUUCUUUUUAUUUCAACCUUCAAAAGACUUUGCAUCUGCAAAGCAAAAAACUGAUUUAUGUAUCACAUGUUUAUUUGUUUCAACAAAGAUUGAAGAGACAUAUAAAAAACUCAAAGACAUUUUAGUGGCAGCAUAUCAAGUUAAGCAUCCUGAAGGGCCUGAAAUCAAUGCAGAAAGUCAGACGUUAGAAGAACAGAGACGUCGUGUUAUACAGAAUGAGCGCACGAUAGUCGAAACUAUAUGUUUCGAUUUUCAAUUUGUGCUUCCUCAUAAAUUGCUUGUAAAAUUCGUUAAGAAACUAAAAGGUGACAAAUAUUUGUAUCUUAAGGCAUAUAAUAUAGUUAACGAAUGUUACAAAACAACGGUAUGCCUUAGGUUUCCUCCUGCUGCUAUGGCAACAGCUUCAAUUUUUCUUGCUACAAAAUUAUUGCACCGCGAAAAUUUCCCAUUCACAAUUCACAAUAUGCCUUGGUAUAAGAUUUUUUUGGUUAAAAUUGAAGAUAUCGAAGAAAUAAGUUAUCUUAUUUUGGAUCAUUUUAUAUUGGAAUCAUCAUCUAACCCCGAUGAUUCAGCUAAUGAGGAAUAUACACAAUUGAAAUUAUCUAUAAGUCAACAAGCUAAAGUGAGGGAAGCGGCAAUGGAAGAUGUAACUAUGAACAAUAUAGAUAUUGAAUCUAACGGAGAUUCAUUGCAAAUGAUCAACGGAGCAUCAAAAGAUCACACCGUCCGCUAUAUGUUUGCGACUGUUCCGGAAAUACAUUUUGUUUAG